GUCCAAGUCUCAAUCGCGGCGACGAAGAAGGAAGCUGCCGCGCACGAAAAGGGGGCCUACACAAUAUGGGCUCGGCGCUCUUGGGGCUGGUUCAGGGAGUGUUCAGCUCGGACCACGUUGGAUCUCUAGACCCAGGCCAAUUCACCUCUCUGGCCCUCACGCACGUCCAAUACGAUGCCCGCCACUCACUCUCGGCCACCCUGGCUCUCGUCACGCUGGCGCCGCUCUUCCUGCUCUCUUCGUACGUAACACUCCUCCUCUUCCGGCGCGAGCUCAGCAUUCUCGUCGGCCUCGCCGGUCAGCUGGCCAACGAGGCCCUCAACUGGGUCCUCAAGCGCUCUUUCCGCCAUCCGAGGCCCACGUCCUUUCUUGGCACGGGCUACGCAAUGCCGAGCUCCCACGCUCAGUUCAUGGGCUACUUUGCUGCCUUUUGGCUCCUCCACCUCUUCACCUUCCGGCCGGGCAUGGCAAAGGAUCGUUGCUGGUCUCUCAUUUGGGUCCUACGUAGAUUCGAGCACACCGUCGUGGUGGGGCUCAUCGUCUCUCUCAGCGCUGCCGUGGCCUACAGCCGGUACCACCUCUCCUACCACACGCCGCUGCAGAUCAUCGUGGGAGCAGCGCUUGGCUUCGCCUUCGGUAUCGCAUGGUACCACGUCUUUGAAACGCUAAGCCGUCGGCGUAACCUCUUCUCCACUGCAUAUAAAGGCGGGCCCAAGACUGUCCGGCAGGUGAUCCUCGAGCACCCCUUGGUCACUGCCCUCCGAAUACGCGACAGCUGGGCCGUGUGGGACGAUGGGGGCGUGGAGAACGAGUACGGGCUGUGGAAGCGAGACUAUGACUUUCUCAAUCGCUUCGAAGUCUCGAGGAGAUAUGCCUUGGGCAACGAUGCCACGACAAGUCCCAAUGAUGGGAUUCACCUAGAGAGGAUGCUCUUGGCACUCGAGUUCGCUAGUAGAUGCGAUCCAACGACGACCGCCUUCAGUGUCGGCUGCGUCAUCGCCCGGUCGUCGAGCAACGGCAGCAUGCAGCGCGAUGACGGCGGCACUCGGGGCAUUUUUACCACCGGCUACUCUCGCGAGACGCCUGGCAACACGCACGCCGAGGAAGUGGCCCUCGAGAGACUCGCUCUGCGGUGCGUCCAAGUCCAGAAAAAGGCAACGCGAGAGCCGGACAACUUUCUUGAUCUAGAUCUGUACACGACUAUGGAGCCCUGCAGCAGCCGGCUGUCAAAGAAACCGCCGUGCGUCGAGCGGAUCCUCGAGUUCAACCGGGACAAGUACCGCUUCAGGGCGCCUGCGGGCCACAAUGUCACGCUACGCAUCGCCCGCGUCUUUCAGGGCGUCAAGGAGCCAGACGAUUUUGUCAAGUGCGAAGGCACGCGCAUACUCAGAGACAAUGGCAUCGCCGUGUACACCGUAGAAGGGCCGACCAAGCUGGUGUACGACGGCGCCUCACCCAGCCAGCUCACGCUGCAUCCAGGCUGGCUGGAGCGCGAGGCGCUGAGGCUCGCCAAGAAGGGGCAAAAGGACCAGGCCGUUGCGGUCCCGGACGAGAUGCGAGCGUGGCAGGAGCCAGGCUGGCGGCAGGCCGAGCCAGCAACACGCUCGAGCACAUCUUGGCCGUGGACGAGGGACGAGGCGCGCAAAAGGCGCUGAGGGGCCUUGUCUGCUCUUUGUACCUAUAGCUGCUACAAUCAUGCUC